CAAUGUCAAUGACAGACGAAAAAACUAAUGGACUACACACAGAGCGAGCGAGAAAUAUUAUAGUAGACUUAGAGCAAACUUCAGAACAGUUUGACGUUACACGCAUAACGACACAAACGACACAUCUACACAUUAGUUGUAUAAAAGUGCACACGUUUUUCUUUUUCUCUCUUUCACAUAAGUUCGGUUUGCUUUAAUAAACGGACAAAAAAUAUAUACAUCUAGUAAACCGACUAAUCAAUUCGAACGUCCAUUUGGCACGAAACGAGUUCUCUUUACAGUUACAAGAGACGCAUACAGUCAGCAACAUGGCAGAACGAAUUGAAGCAAUUAAAGUAUCGUUGAAUCAAACCCUUAACGAUAAGGAAAAACCAUGGAAAAAAGUCUUAGAUUUGGCUGAAGAAAAGUCUGGCGUUCCACGGCUUUAUUUAUUCGGAGGAGUCGCUGGAUUCUUGACGUUAUAUCUUAUGUUUGGAGCCGCUGCUCAACUCUUAUGUAAUAUUAUUGCUGUCGCUUAUCCAGCUUACGUUUCGUUGAAGGCCUUAGAAACCAGCACCAAAGAAGAUGACACCAAACAAUUGGUAUACUGGACAUUGUAUGCUAUCUUCUCCGUUUUUGAAUUUUUCACCGGCUACUUGCCAGUUAUUAUCCCAUUCUACUACUUGUGGAAGUGCAUCUUGUUCGUGUGGUGCCAAUAUCCGACUGCCAACAACGGUUCCCAAGUUCUUUAUCAACGAGUAGUUCGACCAUACUUUUUGAAACACCAAAACACUGCCGACGAAGCAAUUGACAAAUUUGCCGAUAAAGCGAAGGAAUUGGUCGGCGAUGUACUCAAGAAGUCAAAAUAAACCGUACUUUUCGCCUUUUUCAUCAUAUAGAUUGUUGUCUCUUAUUUAAAGCAAUUGUAAUUUAAUAGAUGCAACUUUUAUCUCAAAACACAAUACAAUAAUAAAUUUGCAACGAUUUGCGCGCACGAUUAUUUUUUUCUUGACGCAUAUUCAAAUAACUAAACAACAA